AGAUCUUGCAACCAGGAUGAGCAAGCGAGCGCCGGGUGACCGGACGGCAUCCACGACCCCACCAUCGAAUGGACCAACACCAUCAGCAUCAACUUCGUCCCUCCCGUCUAGUCCAGAGGAAUUGGCUGAGAAGGAGCUGAUCGAGGAGUACCUUGCACAGCAUGGCAUCGAAAAUGCACUGAACGUGUUCCUGAACCAAGUAGUCCGCGACCGGCCCGCCGACCCGUACUUGGUGCUUGGCGGCUUGCUUCAACACCGAGCAACUUCAAGCAAAGGAAUCUUUUCCAUUUCGGCAAGGGAAGUGUUUGACGCCAACGGUCUGCCCACGCUUCUUGCGGUUGUGCAUACUUCGAAAGGUCGUUUUGAAGGAAGUACGUCGAGCCACACGCCUGCCAUCUACGACACGGACGACGUAACCCGAUGCCGUGGCAAGGGAAUUCGCGCACGGGACUUAGCAUUGUACGUGCAGCAUCUUUUAGAAGGAGUCGAUCCAUGCGAACAAGCGGUUUGCGACGAAAAAAUCGCGUCGAUGGAGGAAAAAUUGGGCAGACAGGCAUGUUUGGCACUGUCUAUUGCGAUUUGCAAAGCCGGCGCCGUCCACAAAGACGUCCCGCUCUUCGAACACAUUGCGACUCUCGCCGAUGUGCCCAUCGAGAAUGCGUGUGUACCAGUGCCAAUCCUGAGCGUGGCCCACGGGGGCCUUCAAGGCUCGAACAAACUCUUCGUCCAAGAAAUCACGGUCAUGCCCAUUGGAUGUGUGUCAUUCCACGACGCCAUGCGGUGGGGCGCCGAGCUCAACCUUGUCUUGCGGGACCUCCUGGACGCAAAAGGCCUCGGACAUGUCAAUCGUGGAGCAGUUGGCGGAUUUGCUCCGCAGCUCAACUCGACGGAAGAAGCCAUCGUGAUUGUGAAGGACGCGAUCGCAAAGGUCAAGGAGGUGCAUCCUUCGAGUGGGAUCUCGUUCGGCCUCGGUGUGCAUGUGGCCGCUCAUGCGUUUGCCACGGUCGGAGUCGACGGCGACGUUGUGUACAACUUGGACAAGUGGGUCGCCGGUUCCAAAGGUCUCAACAAAGGCGGGGACGAAGUGGUGGACAUUCUACGGGAAUGGUGUCGCCAGCACCAAGUCAUGACUAUCAUCGAUCCCGUCGACAUCAAAGAUAUCAAGAUUGCCAGUACUUUAAAUCGCAGCGAGAACGAAGCGGUGGAUGCAGGCAACAGUGAUGCUGCGGACGGAGUGGGUGGCGACCCAUCCGUGAAGGUCCAAGUCGUUGGGCACGCCUUCCUCCAACACACAAAGCUCGAAACACUGCACGAAGAACGUGCAUGCAACACGAUUCUGCUCCAUUUGUCCCAGUAUGGCACAGUCACGGCAGCGGUCCAAGCUGUUGUCCAAGCGCGGGUGCUGGGGCUAUCGGUCAUUGUAGGAUGCGACGCUGGCACAGUGGACGAUGUGUUUCCAGUCGACUUUGCCGUCGGCAUUGGAUGUGGCCAAAUCAAGAUGGGUGGACUCCUCUCCGCGGAGGGCGUCGUGCGGUACAACAGGCUGGCGGGGCUCUCCACGGACGACCCUCGCGCCCCUUCGUACGCUGGCGCUACAUUUCGUCGUUAACUUUUUAUUCCAACAACCACACAUGCCAGCG